AAAAAACUUAUUUACUUAAAGUAAUUAAAGAAGUAUGACAUUUUAAUGGCAAUUUAUUAACAUAUUCACCAAGUGUAAAUCUAAUCACUGUUGAAUAUAUGAUAAUUUUACUUAUUCUGUGCAAAUGAUUAAUUUUAGAUAGGGAGAAAAUCCAGGACUUGAAGGGGAGUCGCUUUACAACAUAUACCGACUAAACUAGGUAAUUAAAUAUCAUUUCAUGUUCAAAUGUUGAUCGAAAAUUGAUAAUGCGUGACUUAACGGCAUUAUGAUUUUAAAUUAUGGAUAAGCGACCUAGAAUAAAACAAUGAAAAGAUAAGGUUACCUUACAAAGUAUUUUAUACAUAAAUCUGCUCCACAUUUAUAGUUUUCCUUCUAUGUAUACUUUUUUAUCGGAGAUAUUAAAAUGAAUGAUUUAAUUUUCACUUAAACGUCACUUAAAGUUUUGGAAUAAACCAUGAGCACAGGAGAGCAUAAAUUUAGGUAUAUCAAAGCUACUAAUCUCAGCGACGAUUUUCGCCAUUUACAGUCUAAAACCCCGAUAGAGUUGGAUUACUCGUGGGAGGUGGAUAAUUGUCCUAUCUGUUUAGACGUGCACGAUGAACCCGUACUUCUUGGAUGCAAGCACACAUAUUGUAAAAUAUGUUUGCAAUACAUAAUUGAUAAAACACCACCAAGUACUCGGUAUGAUGACAGAGGCUUUGCGUGUGCUGUUUGUGGUUACUUCACUAAGGUACCAAAUUAUUCAAUUCCGCGUAAUGAAUGGGCAGACAACUUACCCGAUGAUUUCCGGUUUCAGCAUUAUGUACAAAAUUCUAACAAUUAUAGCUAUUCUGAUGCUAAACCAGAACGUCUUGAAGAAGACAAUUGGUUUGUAAAAUGGAAGAUUUCUACCUUUCCAAAAUCUUACCUUGUGAAUAGGGGCUUAAAUCCGUAUAAACGACUCGGAAAACGUUACGUUUUUGAAUUCGUACCUGACGCUGAAAGCACCCAAGACAAUAUUUACAAUAGAGAGACAGCUGAUGGUAGACUCAUUAAAGACGAAUCAGAAGGCAUUCAUAUUAGCAAAAUAAGCGCAGUAACGUUCUAUGAAGAUUCAGUAAUCGUUUAUGAUGAGGGUUUUCGCGAAAUACAAAUAUACAACAAAGAAAUGACUUUAGUUUCGUGUUUUAAGGAGAUGGGCAUAUAUGAUAUUGCUGUUUUAGGUUCAACUUUAUACAUGACAGUUCCGGAGGAACGGUGCAUACAAAUGUAUUAUUUAAAGGAACAGAGUCAAGAAGGUCCUUUGUAUCUUACAACAAAAUGCUACGGCAUAUGCACAUUUGAUGACAUCUUAACGGUUCUUUUGUGUGAUGAGCACAAUGAAAAGUAUGAAAUUUGUUUUAUAAAAGCCAUUGGUGUAUUCGGUGAAAAGAUCAAAUUAAUGGGUGGCCGCUUCGAUUUCAAAUCACCAAGACAGCUAGCAGUAUGUCCGAUAACGCGAUUGGCGUACGUAUGUGACGAGGAGGCGGGACUUGUAAAAUGUUUCCGCCUUGAUGGACGGCUUAACUGGGAAAGGUUUGUUUAUGGUGCUGGGUCUUUGGCCCUUUUCAACGGUUACUUAAUGGUAGCUCGGGGAUAUACUUGUUCUAUUGACGUGCUAGUAAGUGGUGGUAGGUUUAAUGGACGACUGCAAUCAUUUCAGUACGAAUUGUUCGAACCACAGUGUAUUGCAAUAGAAAGCAACACAUCAGAAAUAGUUGUUGUUGACGGAAAAAACAUGAUCCAUUUAUUUAUUUUACGAAGACGAGAGGAGAUUGCUCUAGAGAAAAAACCAAGAUUCUGUUCGAUUAUUUAAAGAUUUGCUUGCCUCAGGUACACAGAGGAAAUCUUCACAGAAAAUUAUCGCCUCGUCAGUAUUUGACUGUUUACAAACUUUGCAUUACCAUGAUUAAACGUUGAAUUCUGCUUCUGGACGGUAGCUUGCACUUUCCAUUAUCGUCUAUUAACAGGCUCAAUCACACCGAGCCUGCAACAUUUUCAAUUUUGUCUUGUUGGGAUUUCUUUAUGGAUUCGUUAUUUCUCUCUAUUUUACAGCAAUUAAUCUUCAUUUUUGCCCAGUAACAGCAUAUUUUAAGUGCAUUACUUACAAA